CUCCUCUUCUAGCUGCCUAGUUUGUAUUUUUACAGAAAGAAAAACAAGAAAAGAGCCUCCCUCCCUGUCUCCCUGUCUCCCUCUCUCUCUAUAUAUAUUAUUUUUUUCUCUCCACAUUUCGUGGUUAGAACUCUCUUUCUGCAACUUUCUCUACUGUUCUUUACAGGAAUUGGAAGUGGGUUUAUGGUUGGUGGUGUAUAGAAAGAAGAGAUAAUCGAGUUCGAGAGGUUCAAUGGGAGUCAAGAGAUCUGGUAAAAGAGUGUGCUUGAAUUUGGAGAUCUAUGGAAAGUUCUUUAUUGGGUUUGUUUUGAUUUGCACAGCAAGGAUUUCUGUUGGUGUUACUAAUCCAAGUGAUGUUACUGCAAUUAAUAGCUUAUACAUUUCACUGGGCUCUCCUGUACUGCCCGGGUGGGUCGGCACCGGGGGAGAUCCAUGCGGCGAAGGGUGGCAAGGCAUUGUAUGUAAUGUUUCAGAAAUUCAAUCCAUAGUUCUUAAUGGUGCGAAUUUGGGAGGAGAACUUGGUGAUAAUCUGGGAAUGUUUGCUUCUAUCAUAUCGAUAGGUCUGAGCAACAACCACAUAGGGGGGAGUAUUCCAUCGAAUCUGCCUGUUACUAUGCAAAACCUUUUCCUUUCAGACAAUAACUUCACUGGAAGCAUCCCUGAUUCCCUGUCCACUUUAACCUUACUGAAAGCCAUGUCUCUUAACGAUAAUUUUUUAAGUGGAGAGAUACCAGAUGCCUUUCAAGCUCUUCCUGGGUUGAUCAACUUAGACUUGUCCAAUAACAAUUUGAGUGGGCAGUUGCCUUCUUCUUUCAUAGAUUUGGCUAGUCUUACAACCCUACGUUUGCAGGACAAUCAACUAUCUGGGACCCUUGAUGUUCUACAAGAUCUUCCCCUGAGAGAUUUGAAUGUAGAGAAUAACCUGUUCUCAGGACCCAUACCUGACAAGCUGCUGGCUAUCCCAAAUUUCAGAAAUGAUGGCAAUCCGUUCAAUACUUCCUCUGCUCCAUUACCUGCACCCACAUCCCCAUCACCAUAUACACCACCACUUUCUGGGGCUCCACCAUCACCGUCUUCUCGGAGAACACCCGGGAAGCAGGCUGAUGCGCCGUCUUCAUCAGAGAAAUCGAGUUCUGGAGGAAAAAAUAAAAGAGUAGUUUGGAUAUCCAUUGCAGGUGUAUUGUUGUUUGUAAUACUGGCAUUAGCACUUGUGCUUUUGAUUCCAAGAUGUAGCAGAAGAAGGUGGGAGGAUAGCAGAAUUUUCAAGCGGCAUCAAGUUGGAGAGAACCCAAGGGACAAUGGAUCCUUGGUCCGACCAACUAAUCAAAAUGAAAAAGUUCCAAAGGAGACCACACAGAAGCCCAAAGAGGACCAUCCAAAGCCACAAAAUAUGCAUAUGAGAAAUGAACCCAAAAUGAACCCAGCACCAAAUAGGGACAAUCACUUAAUGGCCAUUGGCAGAGCAGAUCUAGAUUUCAUGGCUCCUCCUCUUCCUCCACCUCCACCUCCACCUCCACCUCCACCCCCACCACCUCCUCCUCCUCCACCCCCUGUUGAGAAUGUCAUUGUUAAGCCAAUUGUGCCUGCUGAAGUAAGCUCAGGGAAGCCUUCUCGUAAAACUCAGAUCCCUCUCACUUCUGCUAGGUCCUUCAAUAUUGCAUCACUUCAGCAAUACACAAGCAGCUUUUCUCAAGAAAAUCUUAUAGGAGGAGGCAUGCUGGGAAGUGUUUAUAGGGCACAGCUUCCUAAUGGAAAGCUUCUUGCUGUCAAGAAACUCGAUAAGAGGACUGCAGAGCAGCAGAAGGACGUGGAGUUUAUUGAAUUGGUUAACAAUAUUGAUCGGAUCCGACAUGCUAAUGUUGUUGAGCUCAUGGGAUACUGUGCAGAGCAUGGUCAGAGGCUUCUGAUCUAUGAGUAUUGCAGUAAUGGCUCUUUGCAAGAUGCACUACACUCAGACGAUGAAUUUAAAAAGAAACUUUCCUGGAAUGCCCGCAUUAAGAUGGCACUUGAAGCUGCUAGAGCCUUAGAGUAUUUGCAUGAGGUCUGUCAGCCACCUGUUAUACACAGAAAUUUUAAGUCUGCCAAUGUUCUUCUUGAUGAUGAUCUUGAUGUUCGUGUCUCGGAUUGUGGUUUGGCUUCAUUAAUAUCAUCAGGGUCUGUAAGUCAGUUGUCAGGCCAGCUGCUAACAGCUUAUGGUUAUGGGGCUCCAGAAUUUGAAUCAGGUAUCUAUACCAUCCAGAGUGAUGUUUACAGCUUUGGUGUGGUCAUGCUGGAACUCUUAACUGGCCGGAAGUCUUAUGACAGGACACGGACUCGGGGGGAGCAUUUUAUAGUGAGAUGGGCAAUCCCCCAGCUCCAUGACAUUGACACAUUGUCAAAGAUGGUUGAUCCCGCCCUUAAUGGAGAAUACUCUGCUAAAUCUUUAUCAAACUUCGCCGAUAUCAUUUCUCGAUGUGUUCAGUCUGAACCAGAAUUCAGGCCACAAAUGUCUGAGGUUGUCCAGGAUCUAACAGACAUGAUAAGGAGAGACCGCCCCAGCAAUGAAUCAAUCGGCGACUGAAUGAAAAAUCGGUACAUAGAACUUAUGAUUCCACUUUGGAAUGUGAAGCUGCAAAGUUGUAAUCUCCCGGAAUGUCAACACUAGAAGAUGCAUCAUCAACUGUAAACAAAUGCUGCAAACUAACACAAUGACUGUUCACAUCCCAGGUCCAUACCUUUGAGAAGUCUUCAAGCUACCUCUGGACAGAAUGUGAAAAAUUCAUUUUUCUUCUGGUCAACAAUUUGUGAUUACGUUGUUCAUUAAAUUAUGCAAAACAAAGUCUAUUACUGCUGGAAUUUGCUAACCAAUUGUUUUAUAUUAUUAUUCGUUUGUAAUUCUUGACAGUGAAAUUUUGUGGUAAUGUAUCUGUACCGAGUGAAACUUACAUUUAGCUUCAGCCAAAUCUAUAUGACUCUACCUUUCAAAUACUCUUAA